AUGUAGCAGCAACUCGGACAUCGGAGGUCGAGUGGGUAAUAUUUUAUAUUCCGCAUGGGUAUUGAAAAAACUCCAAAAAAUCACAGGUGGAGAGGAAGACUUCCAUUGCGUCACGGAUAAGUAUAAAUACACAAAUAAAAUACUUCAAUGGCCUUCCAAUUCGUUUUUGCUGUAUAUUCACAUUGAACCUUUCCCCUUUCUUCGUCUCUCCGCUUAAAUUUCUCUAUUCCAGUAUCCGGCAGAUUAGGUCAAAAAUUCAUUCAGCAUCAUCAGCGAUUUCGGUAUUUUCCCCCCUACUGGGUCUGCCUUCAAGGAAGGAAAAAAGAGAAAUUUUGUAUUGUUGUAAUUCGUUCUGCAAUGCCGUCGUUUGUUUCAACAUCGAAAGCUGUUAGGCGUUUAGUUACGCAUCGGAAUGUGUUCAAACAGAGGGCGGGGAUUGAUAAUGCUGGUUGGAGAUCAGGAAAUCAUGUUCAAGUUCGAUGCUUGAGUGGCAUUGUUGGUGUUCCUUCGGUUUCUCCUGGUUGUGAUGCUGGUAACAAGCUGAUUAAGCCUUCGCAGUCUGGAGAAGUUUAUAGAAUUGGGAAUGUAAUUCAAAGCAGGGGAUUUUUGGGCUGCGGUGAUGGGGAAGAGGGGAAUAUGUUAACCAAAAUACACGAGGAGAAGCGUGUCUUGGGGUACUCUCCGGAGCAGUUAUAUGCUGUGGUUGCUGCUGUUGACUUGUAUGAAGAUUUCCUCCCCUGGUGUCAAAGAUCGGAGAUCCUAAAGCGCCAUCCAGAUGGAUCUUUUGAUGCUGAGCUAGAAAUUGGCUUCAAAUUUCUCGUUGAGAGUUAUGUGUCUCAUGUGGAACUAAACAAACCAAAAUAUAUCAAGACAACUGCUACUGAUACUGGCCUUUUUGAUCAUUUGAUUAACAUUUGGGAGUUCAACCCAGGACCAACUCCAGGAUCUUGUAACCUUAACUUUUUGGUAGAUUUUAAGUUCCAAUCUCCGUUAUAUCGACAGGUAGCAAACAUGUUCUUUAAGGAGGUGGUCUCUAAACUAGUUGGUUCUUUCCAUGAUCGUUGCCGUUUGAUAUAUGGACCAGGGGUUCCGAUUUGUGAGGAUACAUAUCAACAGAGGUUAUGAAGAUUGGUGUUUGGUUGUGAUGAAAUGAAAAAACGGUCCAGUUCAAUUUUCCGAGUGCCAGUUCGUCCAACUGCAUUCUAAUUCUUGAGUUAAUUCAAAACUUGAGAAGGAGCUGAUUCAGCUUCCCUGGUAUUCCCAAUUUCUUAAACUUACUGGGUUGUUUCUUUUUUUCUUUUGGCCGGUGGGAUGAGGGUUGGAGUUUGGGGUGGUGGUGGAUGCCUUUGGUGCCAGAAGUGUAACAUUUAAGGUUAUGCCAUUUCGUUGUUAGGCCCACAUCAUGUAGGCUUAACCAAUACAUUUGAAUCAGUUUAUAAGGUAUUUUGACUAAUAUUUAGAAGCUUCUGUACAAUGAUACUUGUUCAUUGAAUUUACAUUAUACGUAUAGGAAUGACAUUAAUCGAUGUAAUAUGCAGCUGUGCACACUUCUUUUAUGGAAUUUAAAUGUUGGGCCUAGUUGGUCUUGAUUAAAAAAAUUAAGAAUCUCUGGGCCUGGCUUGUAAACUUACAAAACCUACAUUUCCAGUCGAGUGAACUCUCUUCUUUUACUACUCCCAGUUGGGAUGUAUGUGUGUUUCCAGAGAAUAAUUCUUUAGGAGUUUAGUGAAAGAAGGUUGGUACUUUUUUACUCAUGAA